UUGAGCCGCUUUGCUCUCAGUUUCGCUCGUCUGAUAGGAUUCGUUCGCAGAAGUUCCCCGAUUGAGAUCGAGGACUCUGAGGCGGUGGGCAUCUCGAACAUCAUCUCCAACCUGAUCACCAUGUUCCCUCGCAGCAUCUUAAUGGCGCUGCCCAGCGAACUCUUCACCUCCUUCAUCAACUGCCUCACGCUGCUCAGCUGCUCCUUCGGAAGGAGCGCCGCCCUGGAGGAGGUGCUGGACAAAGACGACAUGGUUUACAUGGAGGCCUACGACAAGCUGCUGGAGUCGUGGCUAACGCUCAUCCAGGACGAGGAGCACUUCCCUCGGGGCUGCUUUGUCCAGCCAGCGAUUCAGGUCUUCAACUCGUACAUCCAGUGUCAUCUGGCUGCUCCAGACGGGACCCGGAACCUGUCGGUGAACGGCAUCUCGUCUCACGACGAGGAGGAAAUCAACGAGAUUCAGGAGGACGACAGAGAGCUGUUCUCAGACCAGCUCCUGCUGGAGGACCGAGUAAACCGGCUGCAUGGGCAGCUCCAGAGGACCCAGCAGCACCUCAUGGCCGCGUCUGACCUGGGAUCAGUGGACCGCAAAGUCCUGGACGACCUCUACGAGGACAUCCACUGGUUAAUCCUGGUCUCAGGGUACCUACUAGCAGAUGACCCUCAGGGUGAAACUCCUCUGAUCCCCUCGGAGGUGAUGGAGUUCUCCAUCAAACACUCGACAGAAGUGGACAUCAACACCACGCUGCAGAUCCUGGGGUCGCCGGGGGAGAAGGCUUCCUCCAUACCGGGCUUCAAUCGCACAGACUCUGUCAUCAGGUUGCUCUCUGCAGUUUUACGGACGUCGGAGGUGGAGUCCAGAGCGACCAGAGCGAGUCUGACGGAGCUCCUGAGCCCGCAGAUGGGGAAAGACAUCGUGUGGUUCCUCCGCCGAUGGGCCAAGACCUACUUGCUGGUGGACGAGAAGCUUUACGAGCAGAUCAGCAUCCCCCUGAGCACGGCGUUCGGGGCGGACACGGAGGGCGCCCAGUGGAUUGUGGGAUAUCUGCUGGAGAAGGUGAUCAACAACCUGUCGGUGUGGAGCUCGGAGACGGAGCUGGCCAACGACACGGUGGAGCUCCUGGUGACGCUGGUGGAGAAACGGGAGAGGGCCAACAUCGUGGUGCAGUGCGAGAGCUGGUGGAGCCUGGCCAAGCAGUUCGCCAGCCGCAGCCCGCCCCUCCACCAGCUGUCCAGCUCCGUGCAGAGAUCCCUGAUGAAGGCGCUGGUUCUGGGGGGCUUCGCCAACAUGGACUCUGACACCAAACAGCAGUACUGGGCCGAGGAAAGGCACCAGACUCUGACCCGGCCUCUCCUCCAUCCCUCCAUCCAGGUGCUUCACCCCCUCCAGCAGCGGUUUCUCAACCUCAUCAACCAGGAGAACUUUGCCCAGAUCAGCCAGGAGGAGGCCGUGAAGCGGGAGAUCGUGGCCACGCUGGAGGCGCUGUGCGGCAUCGCCGAGGCAACGCAGAUGGACAACACGAUCAACCUCAUCAUCGAGGUUUUUGUGGAAGUGGCCCACAAGCAAAUCUGCUACCUGGGAGAGACGAAGUCCAUGAAGCUGUACGAGGCGUGUCUGACGCUGCUGCAGGUCUACUCCAAAAACAACCAGAGCAGGAAGCGGAGCGACGCCUCGGCCGAGGAGGACCAGUACCAGGACCUGCUGCUCAUCAUGGAGCUGCUCACAAACCUGCUCUCCAAAGAGUUCAUCGACUUCAGCGACACCGACGAGGUGUUCAGGAACCAGGACCCCGGGAUGCCGGCGUCCAGCCGGACGGUGUCGGCCGCCGACGUCGUUCUCUACGGGGUCAACAUCGUCCUCCCACUCAUGUCUCAGGACCUGCUGAAGUUCCCCUCGCUGUGCAACCAGUACUACAAGCUCAUCACCUUCAUCUGCGAGAUCUUCCCAGAGAAGAUUCCUCAGCUGCCCGAAGACCUCUUCAAGAGCCUGAUGUUCUCGCUGGAGCUGGGAAUGACCUCGUAUCCUGUUGGGCUGGGGGGGGUUAAAAAGCUCCAGGGGUCAAAGUUCAACGUAAAAGCCGUCGGGAUGCAGCAGUCUGUCUGCUCCCUGAUGCGGAUGAGUUCAGAAAUCAGCCAGCUUUGUUUGGAGGCUCUGUCUCCUCUGGCUGAGCAGUGCGCCAAAAACCAGGAGAAGGACUCGCCGCUCUUCAUCGCCACCCGGCACUUCCUCAAGUUGGUGUUCGACAUGCUGGUGCUGCAGAAACACAACACGGAGAUGACGGUGGCAGCUGGAGAAGCCCUCUACACACUCGUGUGCCUGCACCAGGCGGAGUACUCUGAGCUGGUGGAGGCCCUGCUCUCCUCCCAGAGGGACGCCGUCAUCUACCAGCGGCUGGCCGACGCCUUCAACAAGCUGACGGCCAGCAGCACGCCGCCCGCCAUGGACCGCAAGCAGAAGGUCGCCUUCCUCAAGAGCCUGGAGGAGUUCGUGGCCAACGUGGGCGGCCUGCUCUGCGUCAAGUAA